AUGACCAAAUCCCGUGGUCUAGACUCCACUGCUCGGACGGCAGGGCGAGAAGAGGGCAAAGACGUGCGUGCAAGUCGCGAAAGCGGAGGCCCGACCAGAGAGAAAGAGGCCGGUCAGCCGAGGCCGGUGGCGCGCUUGCGCGGCCUGGGCAGAGCAGGGCGGACGGAGGGACCAACGCGUCUGCAGCCAAGCCUGCAGAUAGGUGGUGCUUUUGCACUACGAAUCAGUCUAGCCUAUCGCUGA